UACACCUAGCCACAAAUGCUGUCUACAAUGAAUUGUUAAACUGCCACAUACCCUCUUUUGCAUGUUCAUCUCAAAUGCUACAUCGCCACGCACACCCUCCUCCCCUAUCCCUUUCUCUCUCAUCCCCAUUCUAUCUCACCUCAACAACCCUAUAUAACUAAACUCACCCCUUGUUUCCCUCUACAUCAACACACUCACAUUCCCAUUAUCGUCGUAUACCAUAUCAUAUCACUCUUCUUUUUCUUUUUCAUCUCAUCAAACACAUAAUGAGCGACCAACAACACAAGUUUCACCCCUCCCACCAACUCCUCUCCCCAAAGAAGCCAUCAUCCCUCGGAGUACAAAUCGACGUACCACCAAGAAAGCAGCUCCUCACCUGCCGCGCCACCGUUGACACCUCCGACAUGUACUCCGACGACACCAUUCUCCAAAAAUACCUCCCCUACAAAAACUCCUCCGACUCUGACGACUCGGAGGACCCCUACUCAUCCGACCGCUUUCGGAUGUAUGAGUUCAAGGUCCGCCGCUGUACUCGCAGCCGCAGCCACGAUUGGACUGACUGCCCUUUCGCUCACCCGGGCGAAAAGGCACGUCGUCGCGACCCUCAGCGGUUUCACUACUCCGGGAUUGUGUGCCCGGAGUAUCGCCGCGGAGGGUGCAGCCGCGGCGACAGCUGCGAGUACGCUCACGGCGUGUUCGAGUGCUGGCUGCACCCUUCGCGGUACAGGACAGAAGCCUGUAAGGACGGGAAAAAUUGCAAAAGGAAGGUGUGUUUCUUCGCUCACACCCCUCGCCAGCUUAGAAUCUUGCCGGUGACUUCGAAUGAAAUCUCUUGCGGCAAGAAGAGCAAGCUGUUAAGCCCUGUUUCCAGAUCAAACAGCUGUUGCGCGUUUUGCCAUUGCGGCGGUGGUGGUGGUGGUUCCACUGCUUCACCGACUUCCACGCUUUUUGGGUUGUCCCAUUUUUCAUCGCCGCCGCUGUCUCCGUCGUCAUCUGCGGCCUCUCCGCCGCUGUCUCCGUUGAAACCCCGAAAUGGGGUGUGUCCUGUUUCUCGCUAUGGUAGGCAUGCUAGCCUUGCGAGCUACAAGGAUGUGCUAGCCGAGUUGAUGAAUUCCUUUGAGGGGUUGAGUUUUGGUGAGGGUUCUUCCCCUGUUUCUGCUGCAAAUGCUGCAAACUUUUCAUCAUGGCUUGAUGUUCUUGCUCUGAACUCUGUUUCUUCUUCUUCUUCUUGUUUUGAAGAUCAACAAAAGAUGUUUACUCAGAACCCGACAAGCUUCAAGGGGGUGUAUUCGAAUGAGAACAGUUUCUAUAGUAACGACAACAAGGUUGUUGCUGGUGACAUGAAUGGGUGUUGUCCUGCCCCGGAUCUCGGGUGGGUGAAUGACCUGUUGAUGUGAAGAAUUGAUGCAGAUGAUGACAAAUUUGAUGAUGGAUAUGAGAAGUGUAAAUACAAUGGAGCAACGUGACAUUGGUGAUGACAUUGAUUACCUUACCCUGAUGAUACGAUGAUGAUGGAGUCUAUUGUUAUUGUUAAUUACUACUAUUGGUUUAAAGUUGAUUGCUUUCUCUGAAUUUGAUGCUUUUUAAGUUUGUGAUCACUAGCUAUUUUGUAACUUGUGCAUUUGUGAAUUUGAUCUUUGAUUUGAUGUGUAAA